CGUUGGCCCGUGCGGAUCAACGAUGGAGUGACAAGAUGACUCGCCAGAUGCUCAUCCUUUUCUUCGAAAGGUGCGGAAACAUGAUGUGGGAUGGAUAGACCACCAAGAGAGACUUACACGAUGACUUCCAGCGAGGCAGACCCCUCUGACCCUCCUGGGAACCCUCAGCCCGGCGACCUGAUCGAGAUCUUCAGACCGGCCUAUCAGCACUGGGCACUCUACCUCGGGGACGGUUACAUCAUCAACCUCACGCCUGUCGACGAAGGGCAGGCAGCAGCGAUGGCGUCCAGCGUCAAGUCGGUAUUCAGCCGGAAGGCCGUGGUGCGCAUGCAGCUGCUGAAGGAGGUGGUGGGCGGAGACUCGUACCGCGUCAACAACAAGUACGACGACGACCACACCCCCUUGCCCAUCACCGAGAUCAUCCAGCGAUCGCAGCUCCUCAUUGGCCAAGAGGUGUCCUACGACCUGCUGGGCAGCAACUGCGAACACUUUGUGACGCUACUGCGAUACGGUGAAGGAGUUUCAGAGCAGGCAACGCGUGCCAUCGGGGCCAUCAGCCUGGUGACGGCUGCAGCCAGUGCCUUCUCCGUGCUGGGCCUGAUCAACACACGCUCCAGGAACCGCCCCUUCUGA